GGUGGGUCGGUCGUCGGUCGUCCUGUCGUUGCCGUCGCCGCCGUAGGCGCCACCUGAGGGAGCCGCAGCCUUGGGACGUGACUGGACCCGACCCGACCACGCUGCCCGUGGCCGUCCCGGGUUCCAGCCGCCCUCGACAGGGACGUCGAGGAACUUCGGUUGGUCAGCACAUUGAUGCAAGUUGUCUUUUGACAUAGCUGUGGCCAUGGCCAACUGGUAGGACCAGUGCUUCUCGUCCUAUACCCUGAGGCCAGGUCUUAACCAUUGAAGGAGCUGGCCUCCGUCCCCAACCCUGUCUCUGCUCCUAGCUCUCUCCUCCCUGCAGUCUGGAUGCCACUUAUCCCAUCCUUUGGCUUACACUUGAACUUUGAGCAGUUCAGAAUGACUGAGGAAGCAUGCCGAACACGAAGUCAGAAACGAGCCCUUGAACCGGACCCUAUAGAGGAUGAUGUGGAGAGUAAGAAAAUGAAAAUGGAGAGAGGAUUGUCAGCUUCAGACUUAAAUUCUGAUGGAGAUACAAGGGUGACACCUGAGCCAGGAGCAGGUCCAGCCCAAGGAUUGCUGAGGGCAGCAGAGGCCACCACAAUGGGCAGAGGUGAUGGACUGGUGAGCGACGGGCCAGUGGAUAUGCGAACCUCACACAGUGACAUGAAGUCUGAAAGGAGACCACCCUCCCCUGAUGUGAUUGUGCUCUCUGACAAUGAGCAACCUUCAAGCCCAAGGGUGAAUGGACUGACCAAGAUGGCCUUGAAGGAGACCAGCACUGAGGCUCUCCUGAAAAGUAGUCCUGAAGAACGAGAAAGAAUGAUCAAGCAGCUAAAAGAAGAGCUAAGAUUAGAAGAAGCAAAGCUUGUAUUGUUGAAAAAGUUGCGGCAGAGUCAAAUACAAAAAGAAGCCACCACCCAGAAGCCCACGGGCUCCACUGGGAGCACUGUGACUACCCCUCCCCCACUCGUGCGAGGCACCCAGAACCUUCCUGUUGGCAAGACAUCACUUCAGACCUCUUCAACUCGAAUGCCUGGCAGUGUCAUCCCGCCACCCCUGGUCCGUGGCGGUCAGCAAGUGUCUUCUAAGCUGGGACCACAGGCAAGCUCACAGGUCGUCAUGCCCCCUCUCGUCAGGGGGGCCCAGCAAAUCCACAACAUCCGACAACAUUCCACCACGGGGCCACCGCCUCUCCUUCUGGCCCCUCGGGCCUCUGUGCCCAGUGUGCAAAUUCAGGGACAGAGAAUCAUCCAGCAGGGACUCAUCCGUGUUGCCAACGUCCCCAACACCAGUCUGCUUGUCAACCUCCCACAGCCCACCCCAGCAUCACUGAAGGGGACAACAGCUGCCUCCGCUCAGGCCAACUCCACCCCUACCAGUGUGGCUUCUGUGGUUACUUCUGGUGAGUCUCCAGCCAGCCGGCAGGCGGCCGCCAAGCUUGCACUACGCAAACAACUAGAGAAGACACUGCUGGAGAUCCCCCCACCCAAACCCCCAGCCCCAGAGAUGAAUUUCCUGCCCAGUGCUGCCAACAAUGAGUUCAUCUACCUUGUUGGCCUGGAGGAGGUGGUGCAGAACCUACUGGAGACACAAGCAGGCAGGAUGUCGGCUGCUGCAGCUGCCGCUGUGCUAUCCCGGGAGCCCUACAUGUGUGCACAGUGCAAGACAGACUUCACAUGCCGUUGGCGGGAGGAGAAGGGCGGGGCCAUCAUGUGCGAGAACUGCAUGACAUCCAACCAGAAGAAGGCACUCAAGGUGGAGCAUACUAGCCGCCUGAAGGCUGCCUUUGUGAAGGCACUGCAACAGGAGCAAGAGAUUGAACAGCGCCUCCUGCAGCAGGGCACGGCCCCCACAACCACCACCAAGGCUGAGCCCACUGCUGCCCCCCACUUGGCCCUGAAGCAGGUCAUAAAACCCCGGCGUAAGUUGGCGUUCCGCUCAGGAGAGGCCCGAGACUGGAGUAACGGGGCUGUGCUACAGGCCUCUAGCCAGCUGUCCCGAGGCUCAGCCACAACGCCCCGUGGUGUACUGCACACAUUCAGCCAGUCUCCCAAACUGCAGAACACAGCCUCGGCCACAGCCCUGGUCAGCAGGACUGGCAGACAUUCCGAGAGAGCUGCAGGUGCUGCCAAGGGCAGUGCCACCUCCAACUGGAAAAAAACGCCCCUGAGCACAGGCGGGACCCUGACAUUUGUCAGUCCAAGUUUGGCAGUUCAUAAGACGUCCUCUACUGUGGACCGCCAGCGAGAAUACCUCCUCGACAUGAUCCCACCACGCUCCAUCCCCCAGUCGGCCACGUGGAAAUAGUGUGAGCCAGGCCCAGUGGAGGACAGGCUCCCUCCUCCCUCCCACCUGGCCCUUGGUCUAAAAGGACACACCACACUGCCCUCUGCGAGCGAGUGAUGGCCAUGCUGCUACUGAAGCAAGACCUCAGUCCUUGGUUGCAGAGCCUCAUCGCAGCUGGGGAGAGGGGUGCUGCUUCAUGGUGGGCAAGGAUCAUAACUGAGGGACCUUUCCGUGGGCUUUCUUCCUUUCUCUCUUUGCCUUUAGUUUGCCCGACACCAGCAGAAAAGUGGACCUGGGGGGGCUGGCUGUGCUCCUGGCCCCCUCCCUCCGCCCCCGGCAGGCACACACAGGCGGUUCAUCUUGGACACUGUGACACACUCAGGCGAGGCUGGCACCCAGGGCUUCUGAAGUCAAGCGAGGCAUUUCAUUUUCCUUUUUGCUUUUCCCCCAUCUUAGGCUCCCAGUCUUCAACUGCCUCCCCCCAUGGCAACCUAUAGGUUGAAGUUGUUUUUUUUUUUUUUUCCCCUAAUCACCUCAUGAUGAUGGAGUUUAAAGUAAACCGUGCAGGUCCAGGGGUCUCUGUCGUGCACAGUGUAGUCCCACCAGGCCCAUAUGCUGGAAGGUGGUUCACUGAUGGUGCCGAAGCCCCCAGCAGAGAUGGCUGGCCCAACCCAGAUGACUGAUGGACACAGGGACAGCCAACAUGGCUCUUGCUUCAGCUGAAAGCCUCCAUUGCUGCUCGUUCGGAGACCCCAGACUUCCCACACGUAGCAGAAGAACAAACUGCAGCCAGACCCAGCCAGAGACCCAGGGAUUCCCGAAGCGGUGCGCUGCCCUCAAAUCAGGGAGGAGAGAAUCAACUGGCAGCCACACCCAGGAGCCUGAGCAGGAAGUUGCGGGGGAGGGCUGCUGUGGGGGUUUUUUGUUGUUGUUGUUAUUGUUGUGGUUUAUUUUAUUAAAUUUUUUCCUUUUCUUUUCCUAUCUUUUUGAUGGACACAAUCUCAAGCCACCCUGGCAUGUGCACCUGUCAGUGAGCACACACAGGUGUGUCCAGGCUAGGAGGCGCCGUCCAGGUGUGUGGCGAGCUGCUUUCCCCCAGACUUAAGGAUUUCCACUUGGGUUUAGUUAGAGCCUUUCCUUCAAGCUGGGGGUUGCUGUCAGGGUCUGCUUUCAGACUUCUUUUCUCUCUCUAUUCCCCUUUAGAAUCUACAGAAAUGUGGUUUUUUUUUUUUUAAGGAUCAGGUCUGCUUAUAGUUUUAUUUUCUUUUUAUUUCUUGCCCUUCUCACUCCUUAAAAAUUGGUUCUGUGAGGAAAGGUGGAAGCUGUUCUGCGUCUACCACACUGGGCCAACCCUGGGCCCAUGUGAGGGUAUCCCCCGUACAUGCACAUCUGUGUGCCUACAAGAAGACUGGGCACCGCCAUUCCCUAGUUCCUCUCCAGCCCAUUUUCCUACUUAUGCAUUUAGGGACUUUAAUUUAAAAUCCUUAUCUGUAGGACCGCCUUCUCCAAACACAACUGCUACAACAUUCUAAUAAAGGCUCAUUUAACCCCCAUGCUCACGUGUGAAUAUCAUCAGUCUUUAGAAAACAUUUUUUUGACACAUAGUAGAGGAACUUAGUUUUUGGAAAUUGUUCCAAUUUUUUGUGCUAAACUCUGAAUUUCUCACCAACUUUUUUGUUUAUUCUGAGUGCAUAACUUCACUGGGCUACAGUAGGAGAAGGGGGAGGGAAGGGUGGCUUUCAUUCCAGUAUCCAGGGAUUCCGGGGAAAGGAGGGAAAUUGACUUUUUUUUUUUUUUUUUGGAGGGGGGGAGGGUGUGUUUUUACACCAAAAAAGAAAAAAAAAAAGUAUGCAAGCAUUUCUAUUCCUCGCAUUUUUCUGUGUGCCUGGCAAAUAAAUACCUGUCUUAUACUACCCUGAGCUGUUAGCCCUCUCUGUUCAGUGACAUGGGCCAAAUCUUCCAACUCCCCAAGUAGGAGCGCCUGGGAGGCCUCUUCCUGUUGAACAAACCUCAGUUCUAUGCAGUAAACUCAGGAUCAAGCAACCGAGCCGAGUCCUCCCUGUGCUGGGUUUAAGCACCCAGCUUGGGUUGACCAGGUCUGAAGAGAGGGCCCAGUCCCACCCACCCAUACCACAUCCUGAGCUAUCCAAGCCUUGCUGGACUUUUCCUCUGGGACUUAGGGCUAUUAACUAGGACAGUCUGUAGUUCAGACCAUGACUCCAGGGUGCCAUAGGCAGAGGACAGGGUGGUAGGGACCCUGGCUCCUCCAGCACCCUUCCCUCCAUCCCGUGACCCAGGAGCAUUCCCAGGGAUGACAUACUGUGACAUGAACAUAACUUUUUUUUUUAAAGGGGACAGUGUGAGAUGCCUUAAUCUUUCAUUUUGACUGUCUUGAAAGUUCACCUUUUUUUUUUUCUUGAGUUCCCUCUUUGUGAUAUAACUUGUGUGAUAAAACCCCAAGUGGGUGAUUCUGUGCUGAAAUUUGUUAACACCUAAAGGCAUGACUGAAUACCUCUCUGGGUGUGGGUUGAGCCAUACCAGGAAAGGAUAUUUAUUAGCAUUAAGGGUAUUUACAAAGCGCACCUCAAAACCAGCCACCAUUCCCUGAAGUGCUGGCAAGUCCUGGUCUUCCCUGAGAGCCCUUGCAGGGAUCUAGCUCUUGAGAGCCAUGAGCCUAUGGGAACCCACAGGCCCAAAGAUUGAUUAUAACAAUCUCCAGUUACCUCUAACACAAACCUCCAAGGCAACUGGAAACCUGUGUUCAAUGAGGGUGGGGACAUCAUGCGUUUUGAAGUUGGGGCAAGUUUGAAAUGACAGUUUAUGUUCACACAUUCCCAUCUGGAGCCACCCAUGGCUCUAGCCAUCUUGACUGUAUCAUAGGGACUCCAGUCCAAGAAGAACUACACCUCUGGUGAGCAUGGGUGUCCCCUGAGGGUGGGACAGUAGCACUGAGCAGCUUUGGUUCCUAACUACCUCUCCAGGACCUCUGUGAAGCUCACCCUAGGCAGAGGGAAUGAGGUAAUCAGCUGCUUCCUUGUGUCUUGUUUCCACAUGCACUCUCCUAUUGGCUGGAGAAACACAAAUUUUUCUAUAUAAAUAUUCUUAUAACAGGGAUAUGGGAAAUGAAAAGGAUGGUCCAUGCCACUCUGCCGUAGGGUUUUUCUUUGAUGCUGAGUUAUAUGCUGCACAUGACGUUAGCCUAAAGAAUUUCAACAGCUUUUAUCAAAAGGACAGCAAACAUUUUUAUAAUCCUUAACAAAGAAAGUGUAAUAGAUGGUUACACUAGUGCAGGGUAUGAGGGAAUCUUGGGGCGGUGGGGAGGUUGUCACUUGUAUUUAUUGUGACUAUAAAUCUUUGAUAAUAAAACAUGUAAAAAAAAUGUUUGCCACCAAACCAAUAGAAGUUCCAAAACAAAGAGACUGGAAUUGGUGGUCAUACUUUGUAUCAUGAGGAACUUUUAGACUCUGAAGGACAAUAAAGAAAUGGAUAAUGUGU